AUGAUUAUUACGGAGUACUCGUAAUAUUUAUGACUCUUCUCCGUCUUCUUCACAUCGGCACUUGGCUCCUUCUCGUCCCCGUCUUCUUCUUAGCCAAGCUUUUCUCUGUAAAUUCUAAUACUUCGGUUCCCGAAUUUUAAAUUUUUACUCGUUCAUCUCUCCUAGGGUUUAUAUUUCUCUAGAUUUUUUCGAUUCGGAAGAUCUGUUCGGAUAUGCACUUUUCGCAUCCCUCAUUUCGAAGCUUAUGGCUGGAUAAUAACGGGUUCAUUUGAGUUGGAGCUGUAUGUGUGUGGAUUCUCUCUUCCGGAGUCUAUUUAGGGUUUGUUGAAUGAUACAGAAAGAACACAAAGAUCUGAGGAUUUGCUUUGGGAAGAUUUUGAUUUGUAGGCUUCGUGAUGGAUGUUGAUUUUGAUGGCGAUGUGGCGAAUCUUGAUGCUGAGCUCUUGCAGCUCUCGGAGGUGUCUCCUCUGGCUAUCAAAGCGAAUCCUCUUAUCCCCGAGAAGCUCUUUGAUCAAUGGCUGUCGCUUCCAGAAACAGUCUCAUUGGUAAAAUCUUUGGUUAACAAUGCCAAGGGUGGUGGUCCUCUCAAUGUUUCCGGAACAUCUAGCAGUGGUGCUGCCACAAGCAAUUCUUUGCCGUCUAUGUUUCCUGCUGGCAGCACACCUCCACUUUCACCACGAAGCUCAUCAGGAUCACCCAGAACCAUGAAGCACAGGGCCGGUCCUUCUCAGUUAGGUUCUCCUCUGAAAUUAGUGAAUGAACCAGUUAAAGAGAUGAUACCUCAGUUCUACUUUCAAAAUGGCCCUCCACCUCCGACAGAAUUGAAGGAAAGGUGUUUGUUUAGGAUCAACCAGUUUUUCUAUGGUCAUAGUGAUGGAAUACAAAUGCAUGAAUUUAAGUUGAUUACUAAAGAGAUAUGCAAGCUUCCGUCAUUCUUCUCCACCGCACUGUUUAAAAAGAUUGAUGUUGAUUGUGGUGGUAUUGUUACCAGGGAUGCCUUUGCUGAUUUUUGGGUGAAUAGCAAUAUGUUGACCAAAGAUCUCUCGACCCAAGUAUUCACCAUCUUGAAACAGCCAGAUUUGAAGUACUUGACACAGGAGGACUUCAAACCUGUGCUUAGAGAACUUUUGACUACUCAUCCAGGGUUGGAGUUCUUACAGAGUACACCUGAAUUUCAAGAAAGAUAUGCUGAAACUGUUAUAUAUAGAAUAUUUUACUAUGUGAAUAGACCGGGUAAUGGCUGUCUUACCCUCAGAGAACUGAAACGUUCGGACCUAAUUUCUGCAAUGCUACAUGCUGAUGAAGAAGAGGAUAUUAACAAGGUCUUAAGAUUCUUUUCCUAUGAACAUUUUUAUGUGAUAUAUUGCAAGUUUUGGGAGCUGGAUACAGAUCACGAUUUUCUGAUUGAUAAAGAGAACCUUAUCAGAUAUGGCAACCAUGCGCUUACUUAUCGGAUUGUUGAUAGGAUAUUCUCUCAGGUUCCCAGAAAGUUCACUAGUAAGGUUGAGGGAAAGAUGAGUUAUGAAGAUUUCGUUUACUUCAUAUUGUCAGAAGAGGACAAGUCAUCUGAGCCUAGUCUGGAGUACUGGUUUAAGUGCAUAGAUUUGGAUGGAAAUGGGGUUCUUACCAGGAAUGAAAUGCAGUUCUUUUAUGAGGAGCAGUUGCAUAGAAUGGAAUGCAUGGCCCAAGAGCCGGUUCUUUUUGAGGAUAUUCUAUGCCAGAUUGUCGACAUGAUUAGUCCCGAGGAUGAAAGCUAUGUUACAUUACGUGACUUGAAGGGAAGCAAACUAUCAGGCAGUGUUUUCAACAUUCUUUUUAACCUCAAUAAAUUUAUGGCGUUUGAAACUCGUGAUCCUUUCCUAAUUCGUCAGGAGCGUGAGAAUCCAAAUUUGACAGAAUGGGACCGCUUCGCGCAUCGAGAAUAUAUUAGGCUUUCGAUGGAGGAAGAUGCUGAAGAUGCCUCCAAUGGAAGUGCUGAUGUGUGGGAUGAAUCGCUCGAGGCUCCCUUUUGAGUUUUAGUUAGGCGAAAUAUAUGAAAGGUGAUUGUAGGGAAGUUUACUUGGUGUGGCGUGGAGUUUGAACAGGGAAGGACAAUUUUGCACAGCAAACCCAUGGGAUUAGCCGAUGUGUCUUGUUUCAGGAGAAGAGAAAAAGGUGGUUUUUAAAAAUUGCUAGAGGAAUUUUUUGUUGCGUCUGCAUAAAAGCUUGGUUGCCAAGUCAAACAUGAUCAGUUCUACUAGUAUAGAAGCAGGUCCUUCUGACUUAAAAAACAAAACCUCUCAAUUGUUUUUGGCGGCAACUCCCCGCCAAUUCACAAUUGACAGAUUUUGCUGAAAACCUAAUUCGGUCUAGCACUUCUUUCUUUCUUUCUUUCUUUCUUUCUUUCUUUCUUUCUUUCUUUCUUUCUUUCUUUCUUUCUUUCUUUCUUUCUUUCUUUCUUUCUUUCUUUCUUUUGUUCAUCUAGUUAGUUGUAAGGAACUGUGAUUAUUAAUUUUUCUGUUUCUAGAUAAAAAGUUAGGGUUUCUUCUUCUUUUCCCAACAAAAAUGAUGUUUCUCUAGGAUGAUGAGUGUUCCCAGGUGUAGUGCUUUUGUUUGUUUGUUUAAGUAUUCGUUUGUCUUUUCAAUAUCUGUGGUGUGGAUCUCUGAAAUGAUGUGAUUUAUAGCCUAAUUAAUUGCUAGUGAGUAGUGACUGUAGCCUAUAUUAGUAGUAUAUACAUUUUUUAAAAAUGUUGUACUCCGUAUGUUAACUUGACUUAUUAGCAUGUGCCAGUGCCACAUACUUGGGGGAGUUGGGGGGUUUCUAAUGGUGAUGAAACCGUAGGGAUGGAGAUGUGCUUUUUAGCCUUUUGUGUAUGCUACUACUUCUUCUAAAUGUAUUUGGGCAUAUAAAUCAAAGGUUAUCAAUACCUUCCUGGAUGUGGCUUUGGAUUUGGUAUUGUAAUGAGCGAGAGAGAUAUUUUGGUACCGGACCAUGCGAGUCAAAAUAAAGGGUUAAUUUAUACCAUUACCCUGCACCCUGCAG